AUGGCUGAUGAAAAGGAGUUAAGAGAGCUUAUAAAUCAAGCAAUAACAUGUGAACAGCCGCAUGUUUACGGUACAGUGAAUUUAAAUCGUCUUCGUGAAGUUUUAUGUCUCUUGGGAUCGGCACGAAGGCCCUACGAAAAACCGUCUUACAUUGCAAAUCUGUCGAACGAAUCGCUUGAUGAGGAAACAAAGUUAUUUAAUGGAAUUGUUCGAGAAAUAUCCAAAGAAGAGAGUGAAUGUAGUUCAUUGCAGGAUGUUUCCAAUGCACUAACUAGUCCGUCUCAAGAACUAAACCAACAACAAGUGGAAGAACAUUUCAAUUCAUCGUGUCGAACGCCCUCACCGAAAGACGCAAAUAAAUCGACGUCUUGUAAAUUAUUCUCCUUGCAAAACGUAGAGUUAGAAAUUGAAGAGUUCAGAAGAAAGGUCCAUGAAAUCGACGAACGUGUUGCAAAAUUGGAAUUAAAAUCGCCUCCUGGGGAAUGCCAGUGUACGUGCACUUGUGAUGCACUAUUAGAAGAUGCAAACACUUCAAAAAGUAAUGCAUCCGUGACAGGUGGAAUACUUUCUCCAAAGCCAUCAACUCAAACUGAUGUUAGUGACGUGAUCUUUGAUGUUGAACGGGGUGUGUCAUGCAACGAUGGAGAUGACUUACAGACGACGUGUGAGGUGGAAUCAGAAGUCGCCCGUAGAAAUUCGAUCUCAAAGUCUGCUUCAGUCAAAUCGGCUGAGUCGGCUUUGAAAGAGUUUAAAAACAACGAACCGUUUCCCACAGAUGUCGUUGAUUCUGUGGAACAGGAUAAUGAACGCCAGCACAUAGCUGUAGAAUCUGCGUUCCUAGAAUUAUCACAUGACAAGGAACGAAUCGAGGUUGUACCUAAAUUUGAUGAACUUGUGGCCACUGUGGAUGGUUUGGUGGUACGGGAGAAUAUGUUCAUGGAACGUCUUAGCAACAUUGAAAAAUUAAUGUCUUCCUACAUAGAUGAGUUGUAUAUCCGCCUCCAAGACGAGAAAUGCGUUGCAUGUACAACGACUUCUGAUAACAUUGUCAGACAAGAGAAUAUUGUCCAGAAUUUACAUGAGAAGUCUGGUAUGUCAAAUGAGCUGCAACCCGUUCAUCAGAAACCUAAACGUACAGAAAGCUUGCUGGAGACAAACGUACGCUCGAUAAUCGACGAACUACAAAAAGAAAUUUGUUUCUUAAAAAUGACUUUCAAGCGUUUGAACAUUGCUGCUGGUGGUAAGACAGAUGCGGGAUUAAAUAAUCAUAUCCAAUGUAUAUCAUGUAACUGUGGUGCUGCUAUGGAAAUACGAGAGGAGCUCAUUCCCGCACCUGUUCCUUUACAUGCGAGACGGUGCGUGAAACCGUUGUUACGCCGGCAGCUUGAUUGGUUGGAGAAGGAGUUGAAAUGUUCAGCAAUUGCACCGGUGAGCAUGCAACCCUAUUAUCAACUGUUAAAGAAAAACAAAUUGUUACCGACGGAUAUGCAAACGUAA